GCAUGCGCAUUGACAAGCGUCGUUCACGCGCGCAACUUUUGUCUUCAGCGUCUGUAGUAACGAAAUUCGGUUAACAUUUAUUUUGAGCUACUUUCCUCGAGGAUAAGUUUCGGACUCAAAGAUCAUCAGGGAAAAAUCUUUUAUCUGGAGAAGAGUGAGAAGUGGUUUGGGGCGCGUAGUCAACACCAAGGCGAGGGUUUGUUGUCAUUUGUGCGAUCACGACGUCUGCGUUCGAUCAGUGAUUCGAUCGAACCGAAUUUUGAUUGAAAUCGAACGUUUUUCGUUGAUCAAUGGAUCGAUUUGGUGGAUCACUUCCCGUGAAAGGAUACAGUGGCGAAAUGGCUGGAAAAAAGCGAGUUCAACUCCCAGUAGACCUUGGAAAAGGUCAUAGUUCAUAUGAUUCAAGUAAUUUAUUCCACAGCACGCCCAAAACAAAGCCCAUAUCUUCAUCUUUCUCUUCAACAUCACCAAGUAUUUACAAACCCAGAACAAGCAACACAAGCUACCAGACAGGUGUUAGUCCAUCCCGUGUCCAGCGGAGUAAAUCUCCAUUGCGUAGCACAAGUCCUGUCCGUCGACCAGUAAGUCCUAGUAUACACAGAGCAACAAGUCCAAGACUACACAACAGCUCCCUCUCUCCUACCAGUAAACAGGUGUUUGCUCUUGAGAAAAGAUCCUCUAGGCUUGAAAGUAAGUGA